CCAUCUUUGUGCGGGGCGCCAGACUGACGCCAGACUCGAUCAUCAAGCACUGCGGGUUUACGAACUCAAAAACAAAUACCUAAUCUAACGUCGUGUUUUCUGCUCAGAGAGCUCGACAAGAUGGACACGUAUUUUAGCCGCUGUCAGCCCGUUAUCGCCUAUUUUGUCUUGGUUGGUUUGGUUCUGGGUUUAGAAGAUGGACCGAAUCGCCCGGUUAUCGGAGCUCCAGGAUCAGUCCGUCUGUCCGAAUCAGACCCGGGGGUUCUGAAGGCAAUCCAGUUUGCCGAGGAGCGAUAUAAUAUGGGUUCCAACGCGAUGCACUUUCGUCGUGUCAGUAAGAUCUUAUCAGCCAGCAAACAGCUGGUGAAAGGUGUUCGGUACAGUGUUAUGGUAGAGAUUGGAAGCACACAGUGCAAGAAAUCUUCAGUACAGAGUUCAGCGAAGAGCUGUGAAUUUUUCACAAAUCCUCAAAAACAAAAGACUGAAGUGUGUUUGUUUGAGGUUUGGGACAUUCCCUGGGAAAGUAAAACCACGCUGCUUAAACAGAAAUGUCAGCCUGCAGUUAUCAAGGAGCCCAAAAAGGUUGCAGCCAUACCCCUAACUCAUGGCAAACCUAUGAAGGAAUCUCUCGAGCUUUUGACGCAGUUCAAAGACUUUAUGAUCAAAUACAACCGAACCUACAGCUCUCAAGAAGAGGCAGAGAAACGUCUGCGCAUUUUUCAGGAAAACAUGAAAACCGUGCAGACGCUGCAGUCUUUGGAACAGGGGUCAGCUGAGUAUGGAGUCACCAAGUUCAGUGAUCUUACAGAGGAUGAGUUCAGAACGAUGUACCUCAACCCAAUGCUGAGCCAGUGGAGUUUACAGAAGCAAAUGAAACCAGCAAGUCCAGCCAGCAGGGCCGCUCCUGACAGCUGGGACUGGAGAGAUCACGGUGCCGUCAGUCCUGUGAAGGAUCAGGGCAUGUGUGGCUCUUGUUGGGCGUUCUCUGUGACGGGAAACAUUGAGGGUCAAUGGUUCAAGAAGACCGGCCAACUAGUAUCUCUCUCAGAGCAGGAAUUAGUGGACUGUGAUAAACUGGACCAGGCCUGUGGAGGCGGACUGCCAUCCAAUGCUUACCAAGCCAUCGAGACGCUUGGAGGUCUUGAGACAGAGACAGACUACAGUUAUAUAGGACAGAAACACAAAUGUGAUUUCUCUUCAGGGAAGGUGGUCGCCUAUAUCAACAGCUCGGUUGAACUUCCUAGCGAUGAGAACGAGAUUGCUGCAUGGCUGGCUGAAAAUGGUCCAGUGUCUGCUGCUCUUAAUGCUUUUGCCAUGCAGUUCUACAAAAAAGGUGUCUCACACCCUUUAAAGAUCUUCUGCAACCCGUGGAUGAUUGACCACGCUGUGCUGCUUGUCGGAUAUGGAAAACGAAAUGGUACUCCAUUCUGGGCUAUCAAGAACAGCUGGGGAGAGGAUUAUGGCGAACAGGGUUACUAUUACCUGUACAGAGGAUCCAGACUUUGUGGAAUCAACAAAAUGUGUUCAUCUGCAAUUGUGAAUUAGACACACACACACACACACACACACACACACACGCACACACACAGGACUUAAUGUGUAGUAUUAAGUAGCUCAACAGGUGAAGUAUAUCUCAUGAAGUCAUAACACUUUCAUUAUCGUCCCUCUCUCUAUUAUAUGCAUGCAACACAUCUGUUCAGUAUAGCUGUAUUUAGCUGUCACUAGCUGAUUCCUGAUCAGUUCAGCUUUUCAUGAGUGAGUUUGGAUGUGCUGUAAUGUUAUGGAAACUGCAGAGGGACAUGAUAGCAACAUACACUGUUUACAAUGUUACUAACAAUAACAAUGUUAUUGUGAUUCCACUAGUUAAUUGGUUUUAUUCUUUGAUUUAGUGUUUUAAUAUAUUUAAUCCGUCUGUUUAAAUCUGCUGACUAGAUUUUAAAUGACUUUAUAUUUGAAUUGACUGAAAUGAGUGAAUAUUUUACUGUGUUAUUAAGGUAAUUGUCUUGGAAACCAGACCGUGCACACAAUGACUUCAAAGUAUGUGAUUCCGUUAUAUGUGUGGCUUCUUUUAAGUACACAUCCUUCUCAUUUUUGAACUUUUUGCUGCAUGGAAACCUUAAUUAGCUGCUUCAGGAGUGUUUGAUUAGGGUUGGAGUUAAACUCUGCAGAGACACCGGCCCUCCAGGAGCAGGAUUGGUGACCCCUGGUUUAAAGGCUUCAGGACUAUUUUGUGGUAGAAAUUAUUUUCAUUUGCAAUGCUGUAUUGUUCAAACAAGAUAGUUGUCUAUUGCAUUAUCAAAGCUGCUGAAUAAACUCACACUUGUCUCAAAA